AUGUUCGACCAAUGCACAGUGCACGACGUGUUUACAACGGACACUGACGAUUCACAUGAGGACUGCGAGUGGAAAGUAGCGCUCGACGUAACUGGCAAGAAACUUACAGUUGAGAUCGACAGUGGAGCACGGUGUAAUGUGGUGUCCAAGAACACUGCGGAGGCAUUCCAAUCUGUGUCUGCGAUACAACAAAGCGAUGCGAUAAUAAAUGGGGUGAGCGGCAAACCGAUGAAGGCUUUCGGGAAAAUAAAUUUACCGUGUGCGUACAAAAAUAUCAAGCGUGACGUGGAAUUUCAAGUGCUCGACAUUCGACGGAACGUGAAUUUGCUAGGACGCGACGAGUGUACGCGCUUCGGGUUGAUUGCGAGAAUUAACAGUGUACAGCUCACCACCGAUGAUAUACUCAGCGAAUAUAGUGACGUAGUUGGAGACGAGAUCGGUUGUAUUCCAGGCAACUAUGAAAUUAAAAUCGACGAAACAGUGCAACCCGUAGUUCAAGCGCCGAGACCGGUACCCGCUGCGAUUCGUAAUCAAGUCGAAAAGGAACUUAACAAUCUUCAAAAAUGUGGAAUAAUCGCUUCCGUUACUGAACCAACCGCUUGGGUAAACAGUUUGGUAUGUGUGCGAAAGAAAAACGGCAGGGUAAGUAUCGACCCAACCGACCUAAACAAAGCUGUACAACGAGAACAUUACCCGAUGAAUGGCAUAGAUGAUGUUGUCACCGGAGUGCAUGGCAGCAAGUAUUUCUCCACCGUUGACGCGAACAAGGGAUAUUAUCAAAUCCGGUUAACCGAAAGGAGUUCAUAUCUGACAACAUUCAACACGCCCUUCGGACGCUUCCGAUAUCUACGUUUACCAAUGGGACUGAAAUGCGCAGGAGAAGUAUUCCAGCGGGAAAUGGUAAAUCAUUUCGGCAGUUUGGAUGGAGUCGAGGUCGUAGUAGACGACAUGUUGAUUUACGGCAAAAUAUUGGAGGAACACAACGCAAGACUUCGGAAAGUCCUUGAUAAGGCACGGACAAUCAACUUGAAACUAAACAAAGGAAAGUGUGUCCUGACUCAACCGGAAGUUGAUUAUGUGGGUCACCGUGUAACCGGCGAAGGACUCAAACCGACCGAAAAACGCAUUGAGGCCAUUGUACACAUGAAGGAUCCAGAAAACCACAGUGAGUUGGAAACCAUCUUAGGCAUGCUUGCCUACGUAUCUAAGUUCAUACCUAAUCUAAGUGAGCUAAACGCGCCACUUUGA